ACUUAAGGUCAGCCAGUGCCACUUUGAUAUGACAGUUGUCCAAACUUUGACAGAGUCAGUCCUAAAAGUUGAGGUUAGCUUUCAUUGGUAGACUUUCAAACGGAAACCUAAUUACGCUAUGACCUUAACAUGUCCCAUUUCUUAUGUUCCAUAGUGGAGAAACAGCCAAAGGGAAGAGAUUUUGUAUUCUUGUUGGACGGAUCUGAUGGUACUAGUACUGGAUUCCCAGCUAUGAGAGACUUUGUCCAAAGAGUUGUAGAGACACUCAGUGUGGAUGACAACAAAGACCGUGUCUCAGUGGUUCAGUACAGUAGAGAUCCAGCCGUCCAGUUCUAUCUGAACACAUACAGGACAAAGGGCGAGAUCUUUGACACUCUCAGAGGUUUGAAACACAAAGGUGGAAGACCCCUCAACACUGGAGCAGCCCUCCAGUAUUUGAGGGAUAAUGUCUUCACAGCCUCUGCAGGAAGCAGGCGCCUGGAAGGAGUUCCACAGGUGCUAAUAUUGCUAAGUGGUGGAAGGUCUUUUGACAGUGUUGAUGCACCAGCCUCUGCUCUGAAAAAGAUGGGUGUCUUGAUCUUUGCCAUUGGAACCAAGAGCUCUGAUAGCACAGAACUGCGGAGGAUAGCCCAGGAUCCAAGUUACGCUCUGUCUGUGCCUGAAUUCACUGACCUUCCCAGUGUCCAACAGCAGCUUCAGUCCUCUGUGGAGGAAGUGGUUAUUGACAUCACCCCAGAGUCACCUACUGUACUUGUUGACAGUGCCAAAAAGGAUAUCGUAUUCCUUCUGGAUGGUUCUGAUGGCACAAGGAAUGGCUUCCCUGCCAUGCGUGAUUUUGUUGAGAGAGUGGUGGAGAAACUGAAUGUAGGAGAAAACAAAGACCGUGUCUCUGUGGUCCAGUACAGCAGAGAUGCAGAGGUCCAUUUCUAUCUGAACACAUACACCACCAGAGAGGAUAUUGUGGAUUCGGUCAGGGGGCUGAGAUACAGAGGAGGCAGACCCCUCAACACCGGGGCAGCCCUCCAGUACGUUAAGGACAACGUGUUUACAAGCUCCUCUGGGAGUAGGCGCCAGCAAGGUGUUCCACAAAUGUUGAUCCUGCUAAAUGGUGGAAAGUCUUAUGACAACGUAGAUACCCCAGCCUCUGCUCUCAAACAGCAGGGUGUCUUUGUAAUUGGUAUUGGAACAAGCAGCUCUGACAUUAAUGAGCUGCAGAAGAUAUCCUCUGACCCUAGUCUCGCUCUAUCAGUGACUGAGUUCACUGAGCUCCCCAGUGUCCAAGAACAGCUCUCCUCUGUAAUGAGCACAAUGCUAGUGAGGGCCACGCCAGUGACACCAGCAGUAACCGGUAAGAAAUUGACCAAAUUUUACAUUCCAAGAUCAGUUAAGGAGGCAAAUUGA